UCAGCAGCGCUGUGCACUGAAAUCUCCGGCAUAACAAACACAACUACCAGCAGCUCAACACUCAAACUUUCUCCAGCACAUCUCACAUUACCGGAGUUUAAAACGCUCCCCAUCAGCACUGCGCGAUAUAACGGGAAUAUGUAACGCGAAUCAAUUACGAUGAAGGACUGGUGUCAUAUUUUGCUCUUGGCUGGAACUGCUGCUGUUUUGCAUGCAGCCUAAUGAGCACCCAUGCACACUAUGGCAACAAUCGGUCCAUGCUCAGAUGCAGAGGACCUGUUGGCUUCCAUCCACCUCGAGAGGUAUCUGGACCAUUUCCGUCAGGCGGGCUUUCUUCUCGCCCGAGACUUCUGUCAUGUGGACAAUGUGGCUCUGAACAGGGUGGGAGUCACUGCCACCGGCCACAGGAAGCGUAUCCUCAAACUGGUCGAGCACAUUCAGCUGAUCUGUCAACAUCAAAGGAAAGAGCCCUCGCUGGAUCGCUGUAAUUCAGAGUCUGCUAUUCACGAGGUGACCCCUGUCAAAGCGGAGCCUCAUUCUCCUUCAAAACAUCCUGGCACCUCCUUAGAAGCCUUACGUAACAGCUCUACCCCGAAUCUUUGUGCACAAGUGAAGCGCUCGUUGUCAGAGCGGAGCACCAGCGUUGUAAAGCCGGUACCAAAACCAAGAACUGUCUUCCACAGACUGAGAGCAGAGAGAAUUUCUUUGCCAACACAACAAGAAGCGCAACCUCACCAAAAGUCAUCUCAGGACCUGCUUUUAAAAGGUUCAUCCUCCAGUACAGACACUGUUGAAACGUCUACUGAAUCAAAUAAGGGCUCUUGUGAAUCAGGUUUGAGUAAUACUACUUCUCCCCCAGAGACUAGUGAAGCGUUACCCCCGGUGCCCCCUAGGUUAAAUCGAGGAAUUCCCCCAUCCACGUUCAGGAGAAUGUCGGACCACGAGCGUUUGAGCACCCCACCCCUCUGUACCCCUCCUGACUCCCCUUCGAGUUAUCAGUGCUCUCCCUUCACUAACACACCUGGUCCACCUCCAAGUCCACCCUGCUCAGGGCUAGAGAUGGUCUCUAAUGAAAUCUACUGUGGCACUUUACCAGGCACUCCACAUGUGUUUUGGAGUCGCUCUGUACCUGUUCCACCUCCACGCCAGGAGGUCAGCCCAUCCACUGAAAAUCAUAGCACUUUAGAAAAGUCCAGCUCAAGUGAAACAUCUAAAAGAAUGUCUGCCGACACCGCAUCUGCUGAGGAUGAGGAUGAAAUGAUCAACCCGUACUGUGAAACUGUUUUCCACAGCAGGCGACAAUAUCAGCAUUCAGAGGUUGAGAGGACCAAAAGUGAAGAAAAGACUGCGAAUAAAGAAGAUAAACAAAGAGAUCAUGGGCACCACAAUCAUUCGUGGCUCAAGCGUCUUGAUUCUCCCGGCUACUGUACUGUGGGUGAACCCACCCCGGCCUCUCACUCGUUCUCUCUCCCUCAUAACCUCGGCUCCAACGACGCGGACGAGGACAUCAUCUCUCCCUACGCCAGCUUCACUUCCCUGUCCGAGCGGACGGCACCCAUCCUCAGUGGCUGGCUGGACAAGCUCUCUCCUCAAGGGUACGCCCCGUCGGGGCUGCUGCUCUCCUCUCAUCUCUGCAUCUCCUGCACGCUCCUCAAUGGCUGUUUCUGCUCCCUGUCUGUCCUCUCUGCCCGAAACUACGUGUUUCAGAAACGAUAUGUGAAGUUUGAUGGGAAGAACUUGAUGUACUAUGGUAGUGAAAAGGAUGCUUAUCCUAAAGGUGUGAUUCCCUUAGCUGCCAUACAGAUGGCCCGUGUAGCCAAAGACAACAAAUUUGAGAUUGUCACAAGUCACAGGACAUUUGUCUUCCGAGCUGAUAAUGAUGUUCAGAGAAGCAAAUGGUGCAGCACGUUGCAGGAGCGGGUCAAAGAACAGCUGGUUUUCGGCCGCCCACGUUUCGGUCCCGGCAGUCACUGCCAAAAAAGUGGCUUCCUGGAGCUCAAAGGAACCAAGUCAAAGAUCUACACAGCCAUUAUAAUGGAGCAGAUCUGGUUGUACAAGAACGAGCAGUGCUUUAAAAAUGGAAUUGGAAUUACUGUAAUUGAGGCCAGAGGUGCUACAAUUCGUGACGGGAAGGGCAAGAGCUUUGAUCUCAUUACUCCUUAUAAAACCUUCAGCUUUACAGCAGAGUCAGACCGAGAGAAGCGGGACUGGAUGGAGGCCCUGCAGGAAUCUAUAGCUGAAACACUAUCUGAUUACGAGGUGGCAGAAAAGAUCUGGUCCAACCGGUCCAACAAGAUCUGCGCAGACUGCAAAGCCAUCAAUCCAGACUGGGCAUCCAUCAAUCUCUGUGUGGUCAUCUGCAAGAACUGUGCAGGCCAGCACCGAGGUCUCGGCACAAUGGUGUCGAAAGUGCAGAGUCUGAAACUGGACACCAGCGUGUGGAGCAAUGAGAUCGUUCAGCUCUUCAUAAUGCUUGGCAAUGAUAGAGCCAAUGAAUUUUGGGCGGCCAGGCUUCCUGUGACUGAGGAGCUGGACUGUGAUGCCUCCCCAGAGCAGCGGCGAGAGUUUAUCACCCACAAAUACAGAGAAGGCAGAUAUCGCCACCCUCAUCCUAGUUUUAGCACCCAAGAGGAACUUCUUAAGGCUCUGUGCACCGCUGUGACCGAGCAGAACCUGCUGAAAACAGUCACUCAGAUUUUUGCGGAGGCCGAGGCUGUGCGACUCGCUGACGCUAAUGGAAAUGAUAAGCGCGUGUCCCCGCAUUACUCAUACACACAGUCUGCAGAUUCCUGUGUCUAUGAUGAGAUAAUGCAGCCCAUCCUGUACUCUGGCUACCUCUACAAGUCAAGCUCCUUGAACAAAGGAACAUUAUCCCGCAGAACCAGAGACGCAGAUUUUCAAAAGUACUGGUGUUCGGUGGAGAAGUCUAUUCUCUUCUAUGAGUCUGACAGAUGUCACGAGCCCAGUAUGAAGAUCGACGUUAAAGACAUCAUCUGUUUAGGAGUUAGCAGGCCAGACUCCAGCAACAACAGUGGCUUUAUUGACAAAUUUCGAUACACCUUUGAACUUUACCUAACAUCUGAUAAACUGGUCCAGUUUGGCUUGGAGACUCCAGAUGCGUUGCACAGUUGGGCGAGAGCAAUAGGGAAGGCCACCACACCUCUCAGUUGUCACUGCCUGCUGGCGCGAGAGUUCGAGCGAGUGGGCGUCCUGCGCUACAAGGCCAUGUUAGACCCGCAGCAGUGGAAAGAAGGCUUCUUUGUUCUGCAGAAGUCCAACCUGUUCAUAUGCCCUGGAAAUGAUGGAGCCGCAGAGGAUAUUAUAAACCUGAAACGCCUACAGGAGCUCAGCAUUGCAUCAGAAACAGAGAACCAUGAGAAAAAGGACAUCCUGGUUCUUGUUGAGAAAGGAAGGACUCUGCAUCUGCAGGGCAUGGGCAGGACAGAUUUCUCCCUGUGGUACACAGACAUUCAGAAAGCAGCAGGAGGAAAAGGGAACACCCUUAAAGACCAGCAGCUCAGCAGAAAUGACAUCCCCAUCAUCGUUGACAGCUGCAUUGCCUUUAUAACUCAGUAUGGUCUGGGCCAUGAGGGUAUAUACAGGAAAAAUGGUGCAAAGUCCAGAAUCAAGCUUUUGAUGGAGGAGUUUCGUAAGGAUGCCCGCAAUGUGAAACUCCGUAUUGGAGAUAACUUCAUAGAGGAUGUGACGGAUGUACUGAAAAGGUUCUUUCGGGAGAUUGAUGAUCCCAUAUUCAUGGCUGAUCUCCACCCCUUCUGGAGGGAAGCUGCCAAGAUACCUCAAAAGCCACAGCGUUUGGACCGAUACAAAGAGCUGAUUCGAGGUUUACCUCGCGUCAACAGAACGACUUUAGCAGCGCUCAUCAGUCAUCUCUACAGGGUGCAGAAAUGUGCUGAUCUCAAUCAGAUGUGCACGAAGAACCUGUCCCUGCUGUUCGCUCCCAGCCUGUUUCAGACUGAUGGAAAAGGGGAACAUGAGGUCAAAAUCAUAGAAGACCUCAUCGAUAACUACCUGUAUAUAUUUGAUAUUGAUGAAGAACAUCAAACUCAGAUUGAACUGGAAAUCAGUUUGAUCACCACUUGGAGAGACACACAGCUCUCACAGGCAGGGGACUUGAUUAUUGAAGUUUAUCUAGAGGAAAAGAUACCAGAUUGCUGCAUCACUCUGAAAGUGUCUCCCACUAUGUGUGCUGAGGAGCUGACCAAUCAGGUGCUGUAUAUGAGAAAUAUUCCUGCAGGGGAAAAAGACGUGUGGAUGACAUUUGAGGCCAUUGAGGAAGGAGAGCUUGAGCGACCUCUUCACCCCAAAGAGAAGGUUCUGGAACAAGCUCUACAGUGGUGUAAAAUGGCCGAUCCCAGCUCAGCGUAUCUGAUGGUGAAGAAAGUGCCUAGAGGAGAAGCUAUAGAUAUUUUUACAGCCUAUAAGAGUGAGAUAGUGAAGUCUGGCGUGCUAAAGUGUCGGGAGGAGCCGCCCAAGCUUUUGCAAGGAAACAAAUUCCAGGAGCGAUUAUUCCAAAUUAAAGACCACCGAUUACUCCUGAUGAAGGACAAAAAAAGCAACAAACCUGAGAAAGAGUGGCAACUGAAAACCUUGAAGAUUUACAUGGGGAUCAGAAAGAAGUUAAAACCACCGACAAAAUGGGGAUUAACAGUGAUGCUGGAUAAACAGCAAUUGUACCUCAGCUGUUCCUGUGAGACUGAAUUAUGGGACUGGAUGACUAAUUUACUAAAAGCACAGAAUGACGAUUUGCGCCCACCUGUGAUGAGACGGCACUCUUCCUCUGACAUUUCCAAGCAGAGGUUUGGCACCAUGCCGCUCGUGCCCAUCAGAGGAGAGGAGAGCAACACCAACUCCACCAUGCUCUCCGCCAAUCAGACACUGAGAAAGCUUCACACAAGAAGGGCUCUCUCAAUGUUCUUUCCCAUGAAGAUGCAGCAGGACUCGUUUGAGGAGCGCAUUGAAAGCCCCGAGCCUUUGUAUGAGGAGGUGGGCGACUUCGGUCUGCAGGUGCUCAAAUCUUUGGAAACUAGUUUCCUGUCCAGCGCUCACGCAGAGACACAGGAGGUGCCGGCACGGCCCAUCAGCCUCGGACAGAGGAAGGCCGCCUCCCUGGAUCGCAUGGUUGGGUUAAACCCCGUGCACUCUCUCUUAUCCUCCGGCGAAUCAAUAGAUACUCUGGGCCACGAGGAGCCCGCUGACUCUCUGCACAUCCCAGGUAGGCACAGGUCCCACAGAUCAUGCAGCCCACAACAGGAACUGCUGUUACAGGAACUCACUACGAUGUUCUGCAAGAAAUCAGAGGCUGAAGAGCAGCACGAGAACCUCACUUGAACUUAGAGAGCAAUUUGUAAAAAUCCAGUAUUAAAUCGAUCGGUUUAUUAACAUGAAGUAUUGUGCCAAAGCAGUCACUGAAAUUAAAAUCUGUGAAUCUGUGCUAUAAUUGUUUUGUAUAAAUUGGGUAAAUCUGUUUUGAUUUGUUACACUAAAACUGACCGACCUCUCAACAUUUAAAAAAAAAAAAUCAGUUUUAUUUUAAUCAUUAUCCUAUUGUUGUAUUAUUUGUACCUAAAGAUGAAAAGACAUUUCAGUUCCUUAUCGUAACUGUUUUUAAAAAUACAUUUCUUGGCUCAGUAACAUUUUCUGUGUAACAAUAAGAAAUGCAUGUAAAGCAAAGCAUGUGCUGUGAUGCAUAUUCGGUGGUCUUAUUAGCAGUAAAACAUUUACAUUGAUAUUCCUGGACUGCAGACUGGUUAAAUGACUACUGUAUGGGUGCGUUUCACUUCUUCGGGGACUUGACCAGAUCUUUUAUAUGUAUACAGUGUAUUAUAUUUAUUAAUUUAUUUAUAUAGACUAUUUGAAUCGUUCUCAUACACUACCAGUCAAAAGUUUUUGAACAGUAAGAUUUUAAUGUUCUUCAGCGCACCAAGCCUGCAUUUAUUAGAUCCAAAAUACAGCAAAAACAGUAACAGUUUGAAAUAUUUUUAAAAUUUAAAAUAACUGCUUUCUAUUUGAAUAUAUUUUAAAAUGUAAUUUAUUCCUGUGAUCAAAGCUAAAUUUUCAGCAUCAUUACUCCAGGCUUCAUGAUCCUUCAGAAAUCAUUCUAAUAUGCUGAUUUGCUGUUCAAAAAACAUUUUUAUUAUUAUAAUCAACAUUUAAAACAGUUGAGUAAAUAUAAAUAUAUAUAUAUAUAUAUAUAUAUAUAUGCUUUUAAGUGAUUAAAAGUGAUUAAAGACAUUUAUAAUGUUUCAAAAGAUUUUUAUUUCAGGUAAAUGCUGCUCUUCUGAACUUCAUCAAAGAAACCUGAAAAAAAUCUACAUAGCUGUUUUCAGCAUAAUAAUAAUGUUUUUUGAGCAGCAAAUCAGAAUAUUUAAAUGAUUUCUAAAGGAUCAUGUGACUGGAGUAAUGAUGCUAAAAAAUCAGCUGUAAUUUUAAAAAAUGCAGUUAUUUUAAAUAGUAAAAAUAUUUCAAAUUUGUACUGUUUUUGCUGUACUUUGGAUCAAAUAAAUGCAGGCUUAGUGAGCAGAAGAGACUUUUUUUAAAAACAUUAAAUAUCUUACUGUCCAAAAUCUUACUGGUAGUGUAUUUCUCAGUGUUUUGAGGCUGUGAAGGAACAUUAUCAGAAGGAUAAAAGCGGUUUCUUGAGUUUGGACUGUAACAGUAGAGGGCAGUAUAGAUACAGCGCAUGAUCUCCUGACAAUCUAAAGCAUUUUCACUCUACUUUACAGGCAUUUAUUAAAGGCAUGUACAGUUCUAUAAAAUUCAUAACAAAAUAAAUCUGUUCUUACCCUGAUUUUUUUGGUUCUUUGUAUUUUAAUAACAGUUUUUGACU